CCCGGCGUUGACGUUUGCCGGGCUGUCAAAUUACGGCGCUACCAACUGAUGACAACUUCCUACUUUUUCGGUCUUUUCGACGUACAACGUGCUGAAGAUGGCUGAUAAGGCUAAGAGUGCCCCGCAGGCAGUGAAAAAGCCGGCCGUUGCCAAACCGGCGGCCACGAAGGAUGCGAAGCCGAAGGAGGCCGGCGCGAAGAAGGUGAAGCGGCUGCCCGUGGUGCCGGAAUCGUGGCUGAAGAUUGCCAAGUGCAAGCGCGGCUGCAAACCGAACGUGCUGCUCCAGCGCCGCAAGCUGCGCGCCGUGCGGCUGCUGCGCCGCAAGCAGAACCUGCUCCGCGCCAUGAACUACGAGAAGAAGUAUCUGAAGACGGAGCGUGCCGUCGUGGAGCAGGCCCGCAUUGCCAAGGAGAAGGGCAACAUCUACAUCCCGGCCGAGCCGAAGGUGGCGUUUGUCAUUCGUAUCCGUGGUAUCAACAAGGUUGCCCCGAAGGUGCGUAAGGUGCUGCAGCUGUUCCGUCUGCGCCAGAUCAACAACGGCACGUUCAUCAAGCUGAACAAGGCCACCAAGAACAUGCUGCGCAUUGCCGAGCCCUACAUUACCUACGGCUACCCGACACUGAAGUCCGUUCGUCAUCUGAUCUACAAGCGUGGCUUCGUAAAGCACCGACACAGCCGCAUUCCGAUCACCGACAACUUCGUGAUCGAGCGCAAGCUCCGUGGCCACCGCCUGCAGUGUGUGGAGGAUAUGGUGCACCACAUCUACACCGGUGGCGCGUGCUUCAAGAAGGUGAGCAACUUCCUGUGGCCGUUCAAGCUGAACACGCCGACCGGCGGCUGGCGCAAGAAGAACAACCACUACGUCGAGGGCGGCGACUUCGGUAACCGCGAGGACAAGAUCAACGAGCUGAUCCAGCGUAUGGUUUAAGUUUUCCCCGUAAAACACACUGCGUCCAUCCUGGUCUGUCCGUGCCUGGCGGCGAACAGCGGCCGCCUCACCGGGCGGGGGCAGAUUUGUGGAAAGUUUUUUUUAGGUUGGUGUGUGUGUGUGUGCAUCGAGAUAAGUGGAAUAAACGUGAAGAGAAAAGCCUCGAGGUGGAAAAUCUA